UGCCGCUCGCGCUCUCACAUGCACGUGGCGCAAUCCACGCACAGCGCUGCAUUCCCUGCGCAGCUUCGGACCGCAGCAAAAAAAAAAAUUAAUCUCGUGCGGUUACUUUGUUUCUCUCUCAUCGUUCCUGCCACGGGUUCAGGUUUAGAUGUUGCCGGGAGAGAGCAGAGAUGGGCGGACGGGCUGCAAGCUGAGCCAUGGCUGGUCUGUUAACCAUCUAAAAUCUCCCGUCCUCUGAAACGCCGAGCACUGAUGCUGAAGACUCUCAAUCGGCAGCUCCCCACAGCUGCUUCCAGGCUGGAGGGGCUGGGAGUCGGCCUCCGUGAGGGAACUCCUUCAAACGCCACCCUCCCGACGUGAUGGCCUCUGCGGUGCAGUUGUACGCCGGCUGGAAGUUCUGCUGGUAGGAGACGGUGCCGCCCCUCCUGGGAUAGAAGACCCAACAUGUACAGCGUACAGGAUCUCCUGAUUUCUCAUGGAUACAAAUUGCCCGGUAAAGCCCCGUCGCCCUGUGAGGGGCACCAAGCUGACUGGAGGCGUGAAAUCGCCGGGAACAGGUCUGGUCAUGGAACAGCGAACGGGUAUGAGACGGACACGGGGGCCUAUGUCUGCGGAGGGCAGCCGCUGGCUAAGGGCUACUCCAGUGACAACGAAUGCAGGGAGAGGAACCAAAGGAGAAAAGCCGGCAGCGGUUACCAAGGUGACACACAGUCCCUGGGAGAUUCUCUUGCCACAGAUAGCGGGUUCUACGAUGACCCAAGGAGUCUGUCUUCUCAGAGGGAUGGGAGGGAUGUGUCCUAUUGGAGAAGGAGGGGUCAGGACUUCAGCAUCUUAUUGGAUUUUUCAGAUAGGAGAGAUCCAAGAGGAAGCAGCUUCAGCAAGGCAGGAAUGCCACCGGAUGGGCUAGGACAUGAGAGGCAGAGGUGGGACGAUGGUGCCCGGCUUCGAGAUGAGGAGCAGAGAAUGGUGAUUGAGGACAGGAAAUGUCAGAGUCUGGGCACAGAAGACUGGCAGCCAGCAGUGGACUUGGGACGACAGCUUUCCGAUGGAGAAGGCGAGAGGUGGGCACGUGAGCAGCAGCGUAUGAUGGCCCCUGGGGGCGACACCCACCCUGGGACACGAGGGAAGUCCCAAUCACUCCCCAGGGUGCUGUCACCGGAAAGAGCGCAGUAUCCUGAAAUGCCAGUGUGGGGACCCAUUUCCUUCACUGGCCUGAGGGUCAUUGGCAGCCAAUCCCAAGGACCUUCCAGGAAGUUCCACAUAGAGCUAAGCAGUAGAGAUGCUCCUAAGUCCCUCCUACCAAUCCCCAGGCUUAGCAGGCCCCUUAAACCACCCUCCUACGAGGCUCACCAGCAAACACGGGGAAGCUUGGAGAUGCUUGCCGGAGAUGUGGGGGUUCAGCCAAGAGACAAAGCAUUGCACUCCCAAAGGGUUAGUGGGGGUUCUAGGCCAGACUAUUUUGCACAAGAACCAACGGGGUCCAACGCAGGGCCUCCGGUUUACAUACCGCCUCCAUCUUAUAAAAGGCCUUUGCUGCAGAGAGGAAACCAAAAGAUGUCUGGUGAAAUAUUGUCAAACUCCAUGUGGAAGGGAGAGCCCUUUCAGCAGGGAGGGAAGUGGUCUUCCAGACAGGCAGGAAACUCUUGGCUGGACUAUCAGAGGGACAGAAGUGCACAAGUUAGGAAAAAGAUAUGUCCUGGAUAUACAGAACAGCAUGUGGGAUGUGUUCAGUACAUACCCUUCGAUGACCCCCGUGUGAGACACAUCUCAGGAGGGCUGUGUGGAAACUCACUGACCUACCCAGACAAUAUCCGAAGCAUCAGUGAAGAGCUUCCCCGUGCUACAGUGUUUGAACAAUCUUCACACAACAGUGCCUUUCUCCCACCAAAGGGACAUUAUAUCAAUAUGGACACUGACAAGAGAUCUUAUAGUGAGCAAGACAAUGAAAAUAGACGGCUCAGUGGUGUGCACAAGGCGAGUGACAACUCCACAGCAUCUGACCAAAGCUGUAACAAGUAUCAGAAAGAUCGAUCUUACACGGCUUUCCAAAACAUCUCAUCUCAGCAGAAUGCAAAUUUGAACCAGGGAUUCUGUGAGACUGUAACACAAGUCAAGAAAAUCGAGCCUUGCCCUGAAUUAGAAAAGAGCUCUAAAAGAAAAUUCACUGAGACCAUAUUCUGUUUAGUGUCCGUCCCAAUUCACUCACAGUCAAAUGGGGAGUUGUCAGAUCAGAAUAACAACAAGAGAGUGCCAGAUCCAGUAGGGGGCUCCACCGAAAACAAUAGGAGCCAUGUUCAAAACCAAAGCCUCCUAAGCACAUCCUCAUCUGAAUUGGAACGGCGAUCUUUGACUGGCGGAGCACUGAGUCUCAAAGGACGGAAAAGACCCUCUUAUAGAAGGCCAAUCCUUCAGCUGAACAAAUGCAGAGAGCUGCAGUACCCUGGGUCCUGGCCUGGAGACCAGUACAGAGACCAGGAGACGCAGACCAGCUCCCCUGAGGUGUCCAAGGGACCUCCUCAGGUUCCCCCAAACCAGCAAGCACAAGACCAGGGCAAUGCUGCUCCUGACACCACUACAGACAGCAGUGUAAGCACCGACUGCAGCAACAGAUAUAGCUACCCAAUGAAGGGGCAGAAAAGCCUGAAUCCUUCCAGCAACAGCGCCUUCUCAAGGACAGCCAAUUUCUCCAACCAGCUUAUCAAGAACAAAACUCAGCAACCACAAUUCUCAGGAAGCCAAGAAGAGGAGGACUACCUUCCAGCCCAAAAGAGUGACAAACCGGCAGCCGGCAAUGGCCAGGAGGUCUUUGGUCAGUUCCUGCUAAAGCCUGUCAGUAGACGCCCAGGGGAUGCAAUAGAGGAACUGGAGUCUUUCAACAAGGAGCUUCAGGAACAGUUUGGCCAGACGCCAAGUGUUGACCAGUGUAUAGAGAACCUGGAUGAGGCAUACAGAAACAUCCUGGAGCUGAGUAAGACCAGCACUAAUGCUGAAAGCCCCCUGCUGAAAGUUCUGGAUGACAAUAAGGGAACGGGUCUGUCCGAUGAGUUCCCAAACACAAACAAGACUGCUUUCAGGAGCUGGACGUCUGCUACGGAUCCAGAAUACCGAGAGGUGAGGAGCGCAUUUUCUAGACCUGCAGGGAAGGCAGUGAGUUUCAGCAGACUGCAGAGAGAAGAGGCGCCAGUGGUGUCAGAAACUGGCCUCCCAGACCAGAAUGCCACCACUCACAUUCUCCAGAAUGUACAAGGUGACCGCAAGGCAUCAAAGCCAGACAUUACUGUACCCUCAGAGUCUCUACUGAAGGAUGUAGGAUUAACGGUGUACACAGAAGCUCCAGGGGCUCCAAGACAACUGAUGCAGGAUGCCUCCACACUGACCAGUCCCCCUGACUAUGAGGAUGUAUGUCAAGCUUUGCAGAUGUCAAGGGAAAAACCAGUGCCAAAAGAGAAGAAAGAGAACAAAUUCAGGAGUCUGAGCACAGGUCCUCUGACAACACUGAAGAGUGCAGGAUACUGCAGUGCAGGUUCCACACUGGAAAGUUCCUUUUCCAAAGCUGUGAGAGGAAGGAAGUCAAAGAAAGGGAACUCGCUGCCAAAAUUCAGUGGGGAAAAGAGUGUGAAUGUUAUAAUGGUCAAAAGACAAUUUGAUAGGUUCUACAAUAGGGGGGGGACACGUUGCAUUGUCGAUGAUGUACCAGACGAUGACAUAAAUGAAGUCACUGCUCCUGACAACACUUCUGAACAUUUCGAUUGGAGGAAGCAGUUGUCAUUGGCCGAGAAGCAUCUGGAGACGCUGCUGCUGAAAGAGAAAGUCAACAGUGUGCCAGCAGAAGACCUAAGCAAGCUUUAUGAAGUUAAAUGUGCUGAGGGCAUCCCUGAGAAUGAGUCCAUUGAAGAGAGGGCAGCCAGAAUAUUAGGAAUAGACGUGCCUGCUGAAUCUUUGGGCGUGGUGGACCGGAGAGAUGGGAAACAAGCAGAAGAACCAAAAAAGGAAAAUGACAGCGAACAUCUGGGUAGUAAAUCUCCAGAAUGUGCCAACGGAAAGCAAAUGCAUGUGAGCGACCAGUGUGAAGAAGUGAGCGAGGCAUCCAUAUCAGAUAUGAGACAAGAAGGUGAGACGGCGGACGAGAUGGAAACCAGUAAGGACAGUAACCUUAGCAAGGAUAAUGGGAACUGCGUCAGAAAGAAACCAGGAGCACCAGAGGGCCCUGAGAAUAAGCCAGUUCUGUCUGUGAGGAUCAAUGCUGAUGAUGGGUGUAAGGGCCCGGGCACGUCCCGGAUGAUCGAAGCACUGCAGGGCAGGCUAGGUGCCUCAUCCUGCAAGGUAGCAGCAGAUCGCUUGGCCCGGAUGAAGGAAGUGGACUCUGUGUCACGGAUGAGACGCCUCAGUUUCAGGAGCUUGGACUUGGGAGAGGAGCCUGAGGAUGAGGCCAGGGCAGGGGCAAGCAUGCUGGAACAGUCCCAGCCCGCCCAGCCCCAGCCCCAGUCCCGUAAUACUACCCCAGCCACCAAGAGGGCGCUUACUCUACCCCCAGGCUUUAGCGUGUCCUCCAAAAGAACAGAGCUCCAAGACGGGGAUCCGCAGCCCCCCUCAGAUUCCUAUGACCCUACUCGAGUCGAAAGGGUGUAGACCCGGACUGUCAUCUCCAUUUUAGAAUCAGCGCCGACACUGUGACCUGGCAACCCACGAGAAUGCCUUCAUUUCAUGCCAGUCCUGCGGAAAUGGCCUUCUUCUUCGACACGAGUAUUGUGUACACUGUCAUCGGGCGCUGUGCUGAACCCUCUUCUACUGCCAAAGGGGUGUGGCCCUCAGAAGGGGCAUCUUUUCUCAUGUUGUUCUCUCAUCCCUCGUUCCCUCCAAAACGCAGUUUCUCCCACCAACGUUAUGCAAUUCUGUAACGUGCACCAAGGUUUUUUUUAAUAUUGAGAAAAAAAAAAUGUUUUUGUGAAACGAGCACUGCUCAUACAUUCACGGUUUAGUUACCAGAUCGCUGUCAAUAUGUGAAUGUAAUUGCUUGUGUUUUCUGAACAAAAUAGAAAUGACAGAAGAGCAGUGCAGAAUGUUCCUUUACAAUCUGUGUUGUCAACACCAAAUAUAUAUAGUUUAAAAUGUAAAGGUUUAUUAGAACUUUAUAAAAACUGAUUAUUUUUUUAGCACAUGACCAUCUGCCAUAAAUCAUUAAAAAAGUUAUUUGUGCCAUAACCAGAUCAGUAUUUCUAAUGAUUAAAUGUUCAUUAUUAGCUUUUUUCAGGGGGAGGGUUACUUUGAAGCUAGGGGACAGGUCUGAUCAGGUUAAGAGCACUGGUGCAUUUAAUUGUAUCAGAAACAGCAAUAUUGUUGCAUAGAACAAUGCUGUCCAGACAUGCUUUAAACAGUGUGAAGAUCUCUGCGGGAACACACCAUUAAAAAAAAGUCUUGCUUUAAAUAUUUGCCAUGAAAGGUGUGUCCACACGCACAUUUCUCUCUGUCUACCACAGAUUUUAAACAUUAUACAAAACUUUUCAUUUCAUAAAGUAUUUAUUUUUAUUCCAUCAAACCUGCCUGCUUAAUGUACAAAAUAAAGUAUAUUUUAUCUAUAUAUUGAGAUUUUUAUUUAACCCUACUGUUUUUGUUGCCCAUUUUCAUUAAGCUUUAAGAAGUAUUGUAUGCCUGAUGAUUAUAAUAAUAUAUACAGAAUUUUCUACAAUAAUGCUUUUCAAAAAAGGAUAAACAAAAUGAAAAGAAAUUUCAAAUAAUAAAUGCAGUGUACCAUGAACACACUGUUUAUGGUAAGUUCUACUGAACCAAUAAAUAUUUGGAAAUACUAACAGUUUUAUUGGUAGUCUCUAAGUAAUACAUUUUACAUACGAGCAUAAGAGUGUAAAAGUUUUCAUAUGAAAGCAGAUCUGGCCAAAAUACUAUAAUGCAUAGUAUGACAACAUUUUAAAAUGGUGUGUUUAUAUUUUUGUUUUUAAAGGUGAAAAUAUUUACAUUAUUUUGACUUAAAGCUAAUUAAUGCAUUAUUUCUUGCAUCUUAAUCUCACAAAAGCUCCACAAUAGGUCAGUUAUAAUCAUCAAACUGCUUCACCUUAGUUUUUAGUCAUUAGCUGAAGUGUUAACAUUACAUAAUAUGAAACUCAAAUUUGUCGAUUUGUAGUGUUAUCAAUUGAAACUACUGAUUAUUGACUCAUUUUCAUUUAAAGGGACUUAAACAUUGAAGUGUUCCAUACAGAAUGAUAGCAAUAAAAUUGUGUUUGUGUCUUUCUGCUUGCCGCAAAUGUAAUUUUUUUCUCUUUUGUUCGCUUGCAAUAUGGACAUGAGAGAACAGGAUGAGUUUUCAGACAUCAAAAACUUUUCUCGGUCAGACCUUAAUAGUGAGAGAAUGUUUCUGAGGUAUGAUUGGCAGGAUUAGACCCGAGGCAUGGUGUUACUGCUGUUGGUCUUGACCGUAAUGCUUGAUGGCAUCAUUGUUCUCAUUUGUCAUCGAUCUGAACACCUUGAUGGUGUAUGUUUGUUGGCUCCAGUGUUGUAGAUUUCACUCAACCCACCACGCUGUCCGUGGAAACAACCCCCAGCCCUUGGCUUACCAAGUGGACUGUUCUAACUAGUUGUCAUUAAUCUUUUAUAUUGCCGGUUAUGUGCAACAUAAAUAAUUAUGCACAUUGUGUUGUAAUAUUUUCUAUUUUCAUAUGAAAUUGAAAUGCUUUUUUGUACACAGGCAUUGCUUUUCUUGCAUGAAAUGAAAUUAAAAUGAAUGAAAUGAAAUGAGAGGGAAGGAAGGGGAAAAUGUUUUGCAAAUAAUUGCAUUUGGUACUCUAGUCUACCCAAUACAUUAUCUUUCAUAUUACAUAUUUUUAUUUUGAAAACUAUGCCAAGUAUUUAAAUCAAAACGAGCUAUUUUUAGAGUAUUUUAAAAGGGAACUCUUUUUUUUCCUCAAGGCACAUCUCAACCUUUGUAUUUAUGAACAUGAAAAUGACCAUAACAUACAGUCGUAUGAGUGUGCUUCUGUUGUAUGUUAAUGCAGACUUAUUCGUAAAUAAAUUCUUUGCAUGAUGA